AUGGACUACACAAUAUAUGACGCUUACCAGUCCCUGCCUGGAGUGGAGGAGCCCUACUCAAAAGAAGACAUGACAAUCAUUGCGGAGAUAAUUCAAGUUGCGGAAAAGAAGGCCGCCUUGGAUAGCUCGGCGAUGAGCCUGAUGCUCGUCCUGCAAGCUUACGAGGAAGUUCUUCAGCGGCAUGGCAUGGACCCUCGAGAGGACACCUUUUUCUACCGCUGCCUGUUGAAGCUCAGCCUGUACUCGAGCCCAGACUGGUGGGCCCGCUUUAAGGCGGAGUGCGCGCGCAACGAAGGGCAGUCCAAAGCGUUGGCUUUUCACCGCCGGCACUUAUUGUCCAAAGCCUGGCUCCACUGGCGGUGGGGGCCACGUGACCAACCCUCAUCGUCCACCCCCCACCACCAAGUCCAGCUCAUCCCCCAAAAGCUCCCCAAAAAGCAACCCCCACCUACGAAAAGCAAACCUUCCGGGGGGGUUCAAAUUGAUGUUUCGCUCUUGGAGGGGGUCCGGCCAGGCCUGGACGUGACCCCCCUGGCCGCGGAAGACGAGGCUGCAUUUGAGCGGUUUCGCUGGCUGGCCAUUUGCUUCCGCAUUUGGCGCUGCAACACGGAGAUCCUGAAGAUCUUACGGAAGGAAACAGCAGCCGCGGAAAUGAACUGGGAGAGAGCCGCAGCGCACUGGAAGGCAGCUCUCAUGCGGAGCGUGUUUUUGGGUUGGAACAGCUUUGGGGCAGCGAAAGAGAGCGUGGGGCGAGAGCACCGCUUGGGACGAGUUUUGGCGGCUUGGCGGGGCCGCAUAAGACGGAUAAAAGAAGCAGAAGAAGAAAGCGCUCUGCAUUACAACUGGACGUUAGUGAGUGCGGCCUUUCGGAUCUGGGGCCCGAAGGGCAAGGCCGCGGCAGACCGACACGUGGCGCUCUUACGGCGACGGGCGGAGCUGACGAAAGCUCGGUGCUUGCGGAAGUGGGGGGAGUGGGUGGUUGGACACGUGUGGAAACGGGAAGUCGUGCAGGGGUGCUUGGAAAGCGCGGCGGCGCGCAAUGCGGGGAAAAUUCUGGGGGUUUGGGCGGCGUGGGCGGGGGGUAAAAGAGACAGGCGGAGGAGGGGGAGGGAAGCGGAGGGAAGGAUAUGGGCGCGGAAAGGACAGCUCGUCAUCAGAGCCUGGAUCACGUGGGCAGCUGAACGGCACAGGAAAAGCGCGCUCACAGAGCGCGGGCAUCUGCACCGCAUGACCAAAGCCCUCCACACCUCGCUGCACACGUGGCGCAAACGCGCGGUCCGCAGUCGGCGGUUACACGCGCUGACCUUGUCCGCGGAGCGCAUUCUCACCCUCAAGAGCCUCGACCGAAUCAUGCGCUCGUGGCUCGGUGUGAAAAGGCGCCGGGUCGCCCACGAGCAGCUCUUGGCGGACUGCAAACGGGCGGCUUCACACCUGGCGGCGACCAAAGUCUGGACCAAGUGGCGGGAGGUGUUUCUCACGAAAACCCUGGUCAACCCGCACCGGUUACGAGCUAAUCUACGGCUAACCCGGCGGGUUUUCUGGGCGUUAAAGGAGAACGCCCAGUACUCGCUCGCGAAGAAGGAGAGUAUUCACACCGCUGGGCGGUGGUGGCGGCAGCAGAGGGUGAGAAUGUCUUUGAGGGGCUGGCGUAGUUACACCGAGUAUAGGCAGGGGAAGGCGGGGCUGGAAGUGCGCGUUGUGAAAAUGCGGAGGGCCCAUACGCUAAGAGGGGCGUUCCGGCAGUGGGAAGACGCAGUAGAUCACCGGCAAGAGCAAAAAGCCGUGUGCUGUCGCGCGCUCCUCCACUGGCGCAACCGGGGGCUUGCACGCGCUUUCAACACGUGGCACGCCAUCGUCGAGGCGAAGUCCCAACGGACGGCCACGAUGAUCAAAGCCGUCGGCCGCUGGGAGGUCUUCGACCUGGCCUCCGCUUUUGCCACGUGGCGGGAGGAGACCGCGAGCACGCGCGAGAAGAAGGCGCUCGCGGCCGCGUGUGUCGAGCGGUGGCGGCUGUGGAGGGUUUGGGCGGCGUGGGAGGUUUGGAGGGAGGUGGUGGAGAGGAGACACGAAGAUAAGGCCGUGAUGAGGCGGGUCUUAACCAACUGGCAAAACCUCCCCAUCGCGCGCGCGUUCCGUCGCUGGACGGAGCACACCGCCGAGGCCCUGUACCAGCGGUCCCUUCUUCGGAAAGCGCUGGGCCGCCUGGCAAACCUCACCCUCAGCAAGGCCUUCGCGACGCUCAAAGCGAACGCCGACGCCGUCAAACGGCGGCGGGGCAUCGUCGAGAGAGCGCGCCACACCUGGGCGCUCCGCUGGAAGAAGGCGUUCCUGUCAGAGCUCCGUUCCGCCGUGGUGGCCGGAAAGCAGCGCCGGAUUGUGGUGAAAUUCUUCGGCGGGCAGCUGUGCGCGCGAGCGUUCCAGGGGUGGCGCGAGGCGCGCGAGCGGGCGCUCGGGGGCCGCGCGCGCGCAGAGAAGCUCGCGCACGAGCGGGAUAGCUACGUGAGGGACCGGGCCUUCCUGAGGUGGCACGCGUGCGCGCGCGCAAACAGAGAGAAGCGCGCGUCGCUGACGUGCCACGUGGCAGCUCGGGAGAGGGCAAAAUUGGGGAGGUGUUUCGCGGAGUGGCGGACGUUGGUGGGUUACCGGGCGUGGAAAGGGGAAAUGCUCCAAAAGGCGGAGCGUUUCGACGGCAGGAGGGUGUGCCACGUGGCACUGCAGGAGUGGAAGGCAUGGCACAGGAUCAAAACGAGCAAGAGCUGGGCUCUCGGCCUUUGGUCCGAGGGCCUCCUUAAGAGCGCCUUCCGCCGCUGGCGCGCGCACACCCGCCGCGCCAAAACCCUCGCCCAGACCUUCCAAACCGGCCUCCAAACCCGCCAAACCCGCCUCGUGUCGCGCGCGUUCGUCUGGUGGAAGCUGCACGCGCGCUUCCGGCGGCACCUCGGCGCGGCGUCGGAGGUCGCGGCCGGGCGCGGUGACCGCGCGCUCCUGAGGUGGGCGCUCGCGCGCUGGGCGCGCGCGACGAAGAUGGUCCACGUGGCGGUCAAGCAGUGGCGGCAGAGCUGGCUCCAGAAGGGACUACAGGGGCUGCUGAGUCACGCGCAGAAGGAGCGGCGAUUAAGGACCGCCGCGCAGGUGGCAAUCGCAAGGUGGGCGAGCGGCGAGGUGUCGCUCGCGCUCGCCGGGGGCGCGCUCGCGAGCGGGAAGGCGAGCCGCAUCGCGCUCGAGGUGUGGCGGCGGAAGAGCCUGCUGCGCUGCCUGACGGCGUGGCAAACCUGGCUGAGGAACGCCAAGUGGAAGGAGCGGGCGAACGCGCUGGCAGAGCUGGGGAACGCCAAGUGGAAGGAGCGGGCGAACGCGCUGGCAGAGCGUUGCUGCGGCAACGGCUACAAGGACAAAGCUCUCCGCGCGUGGAAGGAGUACUUCGAGCAGCGCGCGCGCGGCUACGAGGCGAAAGAGCGGGCGGAUAGCGUAUGGCGCGAGAGGGAGACCGCACGAGUGAUGCACGCCUGGCGAGAGCACGCGGGCACCGCCCCGGUCCUAAGGCGCGCGCUCGCGCACUGGCAGAAAGGCCAGCUCAGCGGCGCCUUCGGCCUCUGGCGCGAGCUCGCGCGCGCGCGCACGGACAAGCGCGGCCGCCUCGAGCGCGCCGUCGCUUUCUGGAACACGCACCGGCUGCGCGCCGCCUUCCUAGGCUGGCACGACGGCUGGGAAUCGCGCAGGGAGAAGAAGCGCGCGCUCAGGCGCGCGGUCGGCUUCUGGAGGUCCAUGCAACUGCGCGGCGCCUUCUCGUGCUGGCUAGACGGCUUCCUCUACCGCAAGGACGUGCGGACACGUGUCGAGCAGGCGUUGCUCCGGCACGGGAAGCGGAUGGCGUCGGCGGUUCUGCGGAACUGGGCGGCGGUUGUGUCGGGGCGCGGCGAGAGGGAACGUUUGGUCGAGCGCGCGCUCGUGCGGCGCGGAGUGCGCGUCUCGCGCGAGGUUCUGAGGUUUUGGAGGGGGUGGGCGGAGGAGCACGCGCGCUGGGGCGCGCUCUUAGAGGGCGCGCGCGCGCGGCGCGCGCUGAAGCAGAUGGCGGAGGUCUUGGCGGAGUGGUCCGUGACUGCGCGGGAGAAGCGGCGAGCGCGGAAGGUGCUGACUGCGGUUGUCAAAAGCUGGCAGCAGCGGACGCUCCGCAGCGCCUUCGACGGGUGGGCGGACAAGGUCGCGGACAAGCGCCGCCGCCUGGGUUUGCUUAACCGCGCCGUGGUCCUGCUAACCCAGCGCCAGCUGUACACUGCGUUUCACCAGUGGAGGGAAGUGACGGAGGCGGAGCAAACCGCGCGCGCGGUGGAGGACAUGGCCGUCGAGCACGACUGUGCGCGGCUGCUCAGAAAAGCGCUCGCGUCCUGGAUAGACCGCAUGGAGACCAUCUUCCGCGUGAACCUGCUCCGCGAGAAGCGCGGCCGGCGGCUCCUCGCGGCCGCGCUGGAGGGUUUCCGCUACGCGGCCGGCAUGCGUCAGGUGAAGCGAGAGGCGCGGCGGCUGUACGACCGCAAGAUGGCAGCAGAGGCGUGGGCCGCGUGGCGCGAGUACGUUAAGUGCGUGAGGGAAAUCGUCAGCGCCGCCGACCAACUCGCCGUGCGCGUCAAAGCGCAGUACCGGCGCGACCUCCUUGCGGGCGCCUUUUUCGAGCUGCGCGAGAACGUGCGCGUCAAGCGCGCGCUGCGCGCGCUCCUGCGCAACUGGCAGGUGGGCGCGCUGGGGCGCGCAUUCCGCACGUGGGUGCGCCUUAUUUGGACGCGCAAGGCGGCCGCGGCGCUGUACGAGCGGGUGCGGACAGAGCGAUUGCGCGAGAUUCUGCGCGACUGGCUUGACACCGCGAAGAACAUCAGGAAGGAGGAAGCGGAGGUUGCGAGGAUUGCCGCGCUCUGCCACGGAAAGCCCCUCGGCGAGCGCGCUCUGCGCGCGCUCGCGCGCUGGGAGUGCCUAAAGCAGGCGCUCGCGUUCGACCGCUGGCUCGAAUGGUGCCACGAGCGCGAGCUCGCGCGCGCGCACACCACGCGCGCGCUCGAGAGCCGCUACCGGCGGCUGCUGACGUCAGCGGUCGCGGGGUUCAGGCUGGCGGUGGAACGGGGGAGGCGGCGGCGGUGGGGGGAGGGGAUGCGCGAGCGGAACGCGAAAAAAUUGCACUUCCGGUCGUGGACGUCGUAUUGCGCUCUCCAGCGGGAGAAGCGCGCGCGCGCACACCUGGCAGCGGGCCAUUGGAUGCGGACGCUUCUGCACGCCUGGAAGAGGAGGGUGCGGGCGCUGAGGGCUGCCCGGGAGGCCAACGCGCGUGCGCUGCUGGCCUACGCGCGGCGGCUGAAGCAGUCGGGAUGGGUCUCUUGGCGACAGCUGAUUACGGAGAGGCGCGCGCGGCUUGAGUUCUUUACUCUGGUGUUCAUUCGGAUGGAGAACUUCCGGUUGAGGACCGUGCUUUUGAGAUGGAAGGGGAUUGCUGACAUGAAGAAGGCGGUCGCGGCCACUGUCGUGGUGUUCCGCGCCGCGCGCGCCCAGGCAGCAGCUCGCUGCCAAGUGCGCGCGUGGCACGCGCACGCACACCGUCAGCGGUUCUUGCGGAGAGCAGUGCGGGGCUUCCAGCGCGCACACGUGCUAGGCGGGGCGUUUCUGAACUGGGCGCGAACCGCGCGCGCACAAAAGGCCAAGAGGAGAGCCAUCAACGUGGCGCACCGCCACUGGCUCGCGCGGUGCGCGGGCCCCGCCUUCGCGCGCUGGCGCGAGGUCGCGCUCCAGGUCAGAGACGCGCGCGCGGCCGUGCGGCGCGGCGGACGCGCCGCGCCUGACGUCACCAUGGCGGAGCUCAAGGCCCUGCUCGCCACGUGGCGCAACAGUACGUACCAGAGGAUCCAUCGGGUGGCGGUGGUUGACGCGGUCGUUUACAGGGCCCGCCUGAGGCUGCAGGCGGGCGCUUUGGCGAGCUGGGUCGAGCACACUGCCGAGGCACACCGGUGGAAGGCUGUCCUGGAGCGCGCGCUGCGCGCGUGGGCGUACAAUCGCGCACACGCCGCGCUGCAAGGGUGGCGGGAGGGGGUGCGCGAGCAGAAGCGGCUGCGCGACACGGUGACCAAAGCGGGGCUCCGCUGGAGGAACGUGCAGCUGGCAGGUGCCUUCGACGGCUUUCGGAGCCGCGUCGCUACUCUCGGAGACCAACGAGCCGCGGCCGCGUACGCGCUGGCCGCCUUCCAAAACCCCGUGGCACGAGCCGUCUUUAACAGCUGGGUUGACGUCGCUGCCACGUCAGCGCACCACCGGGCCGUCGUAGAACGGAUGACAAUUCUAAGCGAGCGGCGUGCGCGCGCGGCCGCGUUCCGGGAGUGGAGCGUUUUCACGCAAGGGGCAAGGCGGCUGAAGCGGAAGACGCUGCUCGCCCUCCAGCUCCACCGCACCAUCUGGCGCGACGAGGCGGCCGCGGAGUGCGCCGUCCGAUCGUCCUUGAUCCGCUCGCUACGGGCCUGGUCGCGCUGGCACUCCAAGUGCGCGGCCGUGAAGCGGUUACAGCGCGUGCGCGCGCACCAGCUGUGCCGGGACCCGUUCCUGGCCUGGAAGGAAGUUGUGUCUCACAAGAAGCACCUUUUGGCGCUGGAGAAGGAGCUCGCCGCGAGCAACCUCCGGCGCCACGUGGCGCAAUGCUACGCUGACUGGAAGCACGCCGCGACGGCGAUGCGGCACCACCGAGUCGGAAUCCUCCGAAGGACUCUGCUGGCCUGGCGAGCGCGCCAUGCGGAGAAGGCCUACUGGCGCGCGCGCGCGGCUGACGUGGCGUCCGUCAUCACGUCGACGCGCGUGCAGCGCAUGAUGUGGGCGUGGCAGCAGCUCGCGCACGAAAUGGCGGUGACGCGGGAGGAGCACCACCGGCGACAGCUCGCGCUCCGGGAGGCGUACGUGGUCGCCGAAAAAAGCGCAAGGAGGCGCCAGAUGGCCCUCUGCCACGCCGUCUUCGCCACGUGGCGCGCGCACAAAGAACGCUCCGCGCGCGUCGCGGCCUUCUCCGCGCGCCGCCUUCGCCAGUCCAAGGCCGCCACGUGGCAGCUCUGGCGCCAGGUCAUCGCCCAGCAGAAAGAGACCGAGGGCGCGGCGCGCGCGUUUGCGGCCGCGAACCAACUCUGGCGGAGCAUGCAGCGGUGGAAAGGGUUUAUGGCUUUGUGCGAGGAGCGGAGGGGCGCGCUCGCGCGCUGCUGGGCGAUGCUGGAUGCGGGGGAGCAACGGACGCGCGCGGUGGCGGCUGUCAAGGGCUGGAGGGACCGAACCAUUGAAAGGAAGCGCAAGCGCGCCGCUCACGCGCGCGCGGGGCGCCACCGCGGGACGCGCCUCGUGACGGACCACUUCCAGGCGUGGGCCGCUUACACCGCCGCCGUCGAAGACACCUCCCACCGCCUGCGCACCGCCGUCGAGUGUUACACGUCCGACCCCGGGGAAGACGACGCGAGCGCGGCCGCGGCCGCGACCACGCCAACCCUCCAAACCCCGCGCCGGCGCGGCUGGUCCUUCAGCAGCCCGGCCGGGAGGAAGCCCCGGUCGCUGGGCCCCACUAGACACGCGAGCUUCUCGCCGCAGUCGGUGGGAAGCCCCGAGUAUGCUGUGCGGAGAACGAGUGCCCGGAGGAUAAGAGUUGGGGAUCCGUUUGGAGGGGAGCGCCCGCUCAGUCCGCCGCGGAAUCUGUACUCGCCGCCCCGAGUGAGGCCCGUGCCGGCGCCGGAAAAGCUGCCGAGCCCGGCGGAGUGGCGCGCGUUCAGCAACCCGCUCGCGCACGAGCAGAAUGACGUGGGGAGCGGAUCCGUCCCCGGCGGCGUCCAUCAGCGGAACGAGGGUAAGAAAUUCGUCGAUGACGUCGCAUCAGGGAUUGGAACGGGCAGGGUGACGCCAGCUUCUGUCGGGGCAACCGGAUCCUCCCGAGCGCAGACCGGGACGUCAAGAUCACCGUCCGUUGCUAGGAGCGAGCCGCCGAGAACUAGAGCGGGAGAAAGUUUCCACAGCAAGCGGCCCCAGAGCGUCGCGGGCGCGCGGCUUUUGGGGUUUGAGGGCGCGCGGCAGUCGCCCGCGGCCGCGAGGCGGCAAAGGGCGCGGUGGUCGACGCCGGCCGCGGUGCUCCUGCCGAGCUUCGACAGCGUGGCGGACAAUGAGCUGUUCUCAGAGGAGAGUAACACCAGCCUUGCAGAUCCUGAGACGAUAUUUCUGUAG